UCUUUAUUUAAUAUAAUUUAAAUAUAGACAACGUUUUUGUACCAAAUUCAAGAGCAAUCACUUAAACGUGACAACACCGCAAAAGUUUAUGUUGGUAAUCCGUAAUCAUCAAACUUCUCUUUUUAACUUGGCAACGAAAGUAGCUACAGCAAAAUGGCCAAACGUACGAAGAAGGUUGGAAUCACCGGUAAAUAUGGUACCCGUUACGGUGCUUCCCUUCGUAAAAUGGUGAAAAAGAUGGAAAUCACCCAACACAGUAAAUAUUCCUGCAGCUUCUGUGGAAAGGAUGCCAUGAAGCGAAGUGUAGUAGGAAUCUGGUCAUGCAAACGCUGUAAGCGUGUUGUUGCUGGAGGCGCAUGGGUGUACUCCACAACAGCUGCUGCCUCAGUCAGGUCCGCUGUCAGACGUCUUAGGGAAGUUAAAGAACAGUAAUUUUAUAAUUGUAACAAAAUAAAAUAAGUGAAAAACCAA